AUUUUCUUUACGAGUUGGGUAGCUACAUUUACUGCGUCUAUGAUCGCCACAUGAACAAAUGUCAUAAGGAAAUACUUAAUAGUGUAUUGCAAAGAGCAGAUACAUCCCACAUUUUUAUAUUCUACACAUAGAAGAACCUAGGUAGUAGUAUCUGGGAGCAAAGGACAUUCAUGGCAUACGUAGUGAUGCAAAGUAACGAGGUGGGGAGAGGGUCAACCAGUGGAUGACGGAGCAGAUUGCUCGGAGUCCACGACAGCUGAAAAAGCAAAAAGAGACAGUCAGUCGCACGCUGAAAACUUUCGCAAGAAGACGAUAUACGUCUUCCUUACUCAAGAGGUUAGCUCAGUGCGAUGGUUCUAGGUAACGUCGACUACCGAUAACCGAAAUUGAGACGCGAUGGCAACAGGUAAGCGACGCAGCAUCCACACAUCGUCCGGGAACCCCGGCUCGUCUGGUUACUCUGGCAGUCCGCGUUCGAGCAGCCGGAUGAACUUCCGACCGAGCAACACACAACAGGAGGAUCGUGGUGGCACUCGACCGACCGCAGCACCGAGUUCGAUCGGCCUUAUCCUGGUCACCAUGUUGCUGCACAUCUGUAAGAAGUCCCUGCUGUUCGACACCCGGCUCAAAGUGGCCAUCUACUGCGGCACGAUAUUCAUCGUUUCCCUGAUCGCAGACUUCAUUGCGAUGCCGCGCACCUAUUUCUCCAGAUCCGACAAUGCCCUGAAUCAGUAUUUCGUUAAGUGGGGCUGGGGCUGGCUGCUGUCCAUAAUUGUACCCUGGGUCGUUUUAACAGCGCACACGCUGGGUUGUGGCCGUCGACGGAUUCUGCUGAGACAUUUGGCCCGCGUUAUACUUGCCACUUGUGCCUGGUUGAUCUGGACAAAGCUGUUCAAUUAUAUUGAAACCAACUAUGGCAGAUGUCUGGGCACCCGUGACAUUCACGUGCAGUCUAAGGCAAAGUGUCUACAGUCAGGUAGAUUCUGGAGUGGUCUUGAUAUAUCUGGACAUACAUUUAUUUUAAUUUAUUCAAGUCUCAUCCUUGCUGAAGAAGGUUCCUCUCUGGUAGGAUGGGAGGGUAUCAAGGAUUUGAUAAUGAGAGAAGAGCACACGCGAUCUGUGCCAACUGAGACCAGUACUGGCCCAUUGCGUAAUCUCUCAGAUGAUGAUCUAGGGUUCUUGAAGAAGGCUCACCGGGCACUCACGCCGUAUUUACGUGGUCUUUUCGUGGCAAUGACGUUGCAGCAGCUACUGUGGGAUAUCAUGUUAGUGUCAACAAUGCUUUACUAUCACAUCAUGAUCGAGAAAUUCCUGGGUGGCGCAGCUGCGGUCAUUACGUGGUAUGUUACAUAUCAAUGGUGGUACAAGCUGCCCAAGAUUGGCCUGCCAGCACCUGGCGAUGGUCUCUUUAAGUACAACGAGAUAAAGAUUAAUCCGGAGAUCAAUGCCAGGGUGAGACGUAGUACACUGAACGGCACCAAACAAUGCAAGAGCCCUCAGAAUUGA